AUUCCCUCCCUGGAGGUCGGAGGCGAGGGAGGAAAGGGAAGCGGAGCGGGCGCCAGCCAGGACUCUGCUUCCCGGCAGCCACCGCGCGCCACCAUGCCGGUGGCCCAGCGGCUACUUCCGGCGCGGCUGCUCCUGGGAGUCGUAGUUUCUCCCUCCCCGCUCCCGCACUGAGGGAGGAAGAAGGCGAGAGCCCCCGCGCCGCCUCCUCCUUCCACGGCGGUCGCCAUUGCCCGCAGCCGAGUCGGAGGUUGGAGCGAGCCGCCUCUAUAGAAGGAAGGAAGAAGGGAAAGAGGGGGCGGGGGGAGCCCAGAGCCCGCCUCCUCACCCGGCCUUCCUUCCGGCGGCGGGGGCGUUGCCAUGGCGACCGCUGCGGCCUAGCGGGCUUCACGCUCAGGCGAGCGCGGCCUAGUGCGGCGGGCGGAGCCUCGGCCUCGCGUAGCAGGAGCAGCCAGCGGUAAGGAGGGGGAGGCCAUGUCCUUGGUGGCCUACGCCAGCAGCGAGGAGGAGGAGCAGGAGGAGAGCGACGCGGCCGAGGAGGAGGGAGGAGGAACAGACGGAGACGACGACGACGACGAAGAAGCGACAGAGGAGCAGGAGAGGGGCCGGGAGCUGGGCCGGCGAGGCGGAGGCGGCCGCGGACUCUUCUCCGCCCUCCCGCCGCCCAAGGCCGGCGCGGGCAUCGCUUCGCAGCAGCAGCCCCACCGGCCCCUCGCAGCCGGCCUUCCACUUCCUUUGGCGCCGCGGCCUAUCCCGGCCUCGUCCACGCCGCCGCUUCUGGCCCCGGCCGCUGCCGCCUCCGAGCGGGCCCCGGGCAAGAAGAGGACGCAGCCCGUGCGGAUCGCGGCGCCUCAUCUGGGGGACUCGGAUUCUGAGGAAGAUGAACCAGCAAAGAAGCAUCCCUCUUUCCAGGCCCAGAGCGAGGGCUCCGGCUUGUCUGCUCUACUUCCUCAGCCCAAGAACCUGACGGUGAAAGAGACGAAUCGGCUGCUGCUCCCUUAUGCUUUCUCUAGGAAAGCGGCUGCUGCCGCCGAGAGCUCCCCGGACGCCAAGUCUGCCAAAGGCCUGCUCUCCUCCAAGCCAAAGCCUCCCCUCAAGGCACCCUCGGCCGUGACAGCGACCACGACUCCCUCCCCAUCAGCCAUCAAGGCGGCCGCCAAGAGCGCCGCCCUGCAGGUGACCAAGCAGAUCACGCAGGAGGAGAAUGACAGCGACGAGGAGGUGGCCCCCGAGAACUACUUCUCCCUGUCCGACCGGAGCGAUGCACCAGCCCUCAGUCCAGAGGCCUACGCCUACCCUGGCCCCGUGGUGCCGGAUGAUCUGCCCCCUGGGACAGAGCCGGACCCUGAGCCCGAGAGCCAGGACGCAGCUGCCAACGCCCCGCUGGAGUUCAAGACGGGGCCGGGGGCCAGCUCAGCUUCCCACGGCUGGGCCCCAAAGCCUGGUGAAGACUAUGGCGGGCAGCACUAUGCGCUCUACCCUGGCUGCAGCGAUGCAGGCGGCCCCAGCCCCUACUACCAGCAGGAUUACUACAGCAGCAGCUACUACUCGGACACAGACCCGGAGCUGGGCCCGCCCCAAGAGAUGAGCAGCGAAGGCGCUUCUUCCUCCUUCAUGGACGAUGAAGCGUUCAAGCGUCUGCAAGGCAAGCGGAACCGCGGGCGGGAAGAGAUCAACUUUGUGGAGAUCAAGGGGGACGACCAGCUGAGCGGCGCCCAGCAGUGGCUGACCAAGUCUUUGACAGAGGAGCAGAACAUGAAGUCCUUCAGCAAGAAAAAAGGGGAGCAGCCCACGGGGCAACAGCGGAGGAAGCACCAGAUCACAUAUCUGAUUCACCAGGCAAAAGAGCGUGAGCUGGAGCUGAAGAACACGUGGGCCGAGAACAAGCUCAGUCGGCGUCAGACGCAGGCCAAGUAUGGAUUCUAGGGCCCGCCUGCCUCCUCGGAGCCCCUUCAGGCAAAAGCUGCCAGCCCCAGACCGGGUGCGUGAAAGGAAGAGAGGGGCCUGCGGAGGGAAGAAGGGCGCAAGGCCAUGUGCCUGGGGGGGCCUCCGCUGCCUUUCCCGGCAGGGGUCUUUGGCAGAGGGAUGCAGAGGAGUGCUCUGGCCCACUAGGCUGCCUGGCACCCCCAAGCCCCUUUUCUUUCCAGUAGCCGAUGCGACACGGACGAGGCCCCUGUCAGCUGGGGGGAGACCAGCGCUGCUCACUCCCUUGGAACUGCCCUCCUUGCAGGAGGUGGGGCAGCCCACCCAACCACGGGGGUGGGGGGCAGGACUGUCCCUGAGUGCUCUUCUGUAGCUGCCCCACCCUGCCCCCCACCCUGCCCUUUUCGUGUCUCUCUGUGUUUGUGCUCCAGACCAUUUGCCCUCCCCUUCCGGGCUGAGGAGAGUUCUCAUCUUCUGUGGGUUUGGGCCAGCCCCCUCCUUGUUUCUCGUCAGAAGCUCUCCUGGCAGCCUCCUCCAUGACAGUGUUUGGGUUUCAGCACAAGACAGGGCUGGAAGGUGCGUGGCCUGUGAUCUCUCCCCCAAAGCCAUAAGGACACAUCACUGUUAACAGUACUUGGGCUAAGUGCUAGCGGGAUCCGUGCACUUCCAGGAGGCUGGCUGCUUUUCAGGUGCCCCCAGCCCAGGGCGAGGGCGGCAAGCAGAGCCUGCCCCAAGGCCUGCAGCAGCACCCACCCU